AGCUCUAUGGGAAAGAGCAAAGGUGGUUUCUACGCCGUUCGUAAAGGGAGGGAACCCGGUAUAUAUAACACGUGGGCUGAUUGUCAAGAACAAGUGACAGGAUUUGCUGGUGCAAUUUUUAAGAAAUUUCCGGCAUAUGAAGAAGCAAGGAGGUUUAUUGAAGAAACUGGCACCCGCACAUUUAGGCCGGAAAGGAACAACUUCAAUUACACUAGCAAUGAUCACAAUGGAAAUAAUCCGAACAGGAGAUACUUUCAAACUUCGCCUGAGAGCAGUACAGCCAGCGGAAGCGAUACUGAAUCAGCCCAACGGCCGCCAAAGAGAGAGAUACUUCAGAUAGAGGAUAGUUCAAGAACUUUGCCGCCAAAACGAAUAUGCUACGAUACCAACAAGAUCCCGGAAUCAAGCUCAUCAAUAAUUGAAGAAGUGGAAGUGUAUAUAAAAGUGAGAAAGAUUGAUGGUGGCGAAGCAAUGUGGAAGCUCUGUUUCCCCGAUUACGUAAAAGGUGCAAAUGAGUAUUACAGUAGAGGUGGAUUAGAGCGAAAUUCUCUUCGAGCAGGUUUGAUGGCAAUCCUUCGUGCGGUAGAAAGUCAACUUGAUCCAGAAGCUAAACUUCUCAUCUUUACAAAUAACGAAAUUUCAGUCAAAUGUAUAAAAGCGUGGAAUAGCGAAUGGGAAGAAACAAGUGUUAGUUUAACAGAGGAAAGUGAUUUGAUCAAAAAAUGUUCGGAUGAGAUGCGAAAAUGUCCUUAUUCGCCUAUUCUGCAAUAUGUCAGUAGCGAAUCUUCAUGUUCUGACCAACCAACUCAGCCUGAUAUAGGGUGGGGCGACUUUGAGCCAUUCUUAUCGGACGAUGAAGAUUUCUCUCAGAUGGUUCUCAACAAAGGGAAAGGAAAGCAGGCUUAAGAUCAAAUAUCGAUGCGAAAUAUAUUAUUCCGAGCAAUAAAGGGCAAUCAAAAAGAGCAGUACUUAUUGAAGCGAACGAUCCCUCUGUUGUACUACAGUCGGUC